UGCCUCUGCCUCCUGAGUGCUCAGAUUAAAGGCAAGUGCCAACAUACCUAGCUCACACAAAAGGCUUAUUAUUAUUAUUAUAAACUUGUAGGGUCCCAUAUCAAACCUAGGGGCAUUCCCUAGCUUCCAUCUCUCCUGCCUGCACAGGGUGGUGGUGCAUGGUGACUUUAGGCAGGAAGCACAACCUCCAAGUCCAUCCACUGGUCCAGGGCCUGGAACCUUACAGACUCAUGUCAGGCAGGAUGUAGCACGUAAGUCCCCCAGUGCCAGCCCCAGAGUCCCUGAGUUCAAACAGCCGAACUGACACAAAUCAAAGCGGUGAGCUGCUGAGAACUGCUUGGCUGAAAGCCCUAGUUCCUGGUUCCAGAGUGUCCUGCCAGGCAGGGCCCUGUGCUCUCCUGGGCAUUCCACUGGGUCGGAUCUUUGGGUAGAAAGGUUGCCUUGCAGGGGCUCCGAAGUAUCUGUGACGACGGGCGGGGUAGGUGUGGCCAGGGCAGGGCCCGGGCUGUUCUCAGGACCUAGCUGGAUAACUCUGUGAUGCAAAGGGACAGACCCAGAGGAGGAAGCAGAGCUGGAUUUUCCCCAGGUGUGGCCCCAGGUAUAAAGCACACAGCCAGGCUUCACCUGUUACAGCACUGGGACCGUCGCCAGGUGUGAGGCUGCUCCGUGUCUGCUGCCAUGGCCACCGUCACCGUCACUGUGAUGAGUCUCCUGCUUCUAGGCUGGUUGCCUACUGGGAUGACCCACCAAGAUCCCCCGUCCUGGGGGAAACCCCGAAGCCAUAGGACCCUGCGGUGCUACUCUGCUGAGGAAUUAUCUCACGGCCAGGCUCCUCCACACCUGCUAACUCGAAGUGCCAGGUGGGAGCAGGCCCUCCCUGUGGCCCUGGUGGCCAGUUUGGAGGCCACGGGCCACAGGAGACAGCAUGAAGGACCUCUAGCUGGAACACAGUGCCCCGUGCUGCGGCCGGAGGAGGUGCUGGAAGCUGACACUCACGAGCGCUCCAUCUCACCAUGGAGAUAUCGCAUCGACACAGAUGAGAACCGCUACCCACAGAAGCUGGCGGUGGCAGAAUGCUUGUGUCGUGGAUGCAUCAACGCCAAGACAGGCCGUGAGACAGCUGCCCUGAACUCGGUGCAGCUGCUGCAGAGCCUGCUGGUACUACGGCGACAGCCCUGCUCCCGAGACGGCACGGCGGACCCUACACCAGGAUCCUUCGCCUUCCACACCGAGUUCAUCCGCGUGCCUGUCGGCUGCACCUGCGUUCUUCCCAGGUCUACACAGUGAUGACUUCUGUCGUGGCCCCACUGUGGCGCAUCACAAUCCUUCCAGGACAGACAUUCCAGGCACCUCCACAGAGGAGGACACCUUCUAUUUAUGUGUAUUUAUUUAUUAUUUAUUGACUCAAGAGAAGCAGAAGCUAUGCCCAGCCUUUGCCUUGUGACCCAUAACCACUGCCCUGAUCCAGGCCACAUCUGGAAGGACCACUUAGCUAGCCCUGUCACCAAAGGGAAAGCUGGGCGUGGUAUAAAGCACACCAGGAAUCCUAAGCACUCGGCAGAGGCUGGAAGGUUGCCACAGGUCGUCAGACAGCCUGGUCUACACAAUGAGCUUCAGGGAAGCCAGAUGGUGGGAUGGGCCCGAAGGAACUGGCUUCCUCUCCUUGAAUCUCUAGCAACAGUGACCCGGAAGGAGAUGGGAGGCUGGGUCUGUGUCACCACAGAGCCCUGGCUUCUGUCUGAUGAAACCCUUCAGUAUCUGUUUUUCAACAACUAUUUAUUUUAACUGUUAUUAAACUGA